AUGAUGCCCAAAACAGACCGCCUGCAAGGUCUGCUCGACUUUGCUCGCCAGGCCAAUGAGGUCGAGCAACAUCGCGUCUCGCUCGAAACUUUCCUCGCUGGCAUUCAGCAAGAGAAUGAAGACCUCGAUGAGGCACAGCUGAAGCAGAUUCAGGCAAGCCAACGUAUACCAACCCACCUACCUUUGCUAACAGGUCAGCUUACCAUCUAUCAAACGCUCCUGGGUCUUUUCAAUACCAACAAUUCGGUCUCAAAGUCCACUCAAAUUUCCACAAAAACAGCGUCAUGCACGACGCAGACCGACGCGGUGACAGACUCCCUUUGGGAUCUAUUGCCUAAAGCUCGCGAAGAAGCCUUCCAGCGCGGCCACGAUGCUGGAAAAGACGACGGACACAUCCAAGGAAUCAAGGAAGGCCACAGCGCUGGUAUGACAGAAGGUCUUGCUAUCGGGCUCAAGCAGGGGCAAGCGGAGGGCUUGAACACAGGGUUGGACCAGAGCAAGGAGGUCGACAUGCAACGCGGCAUCGAGAUAGGAAGAAAACUCGGCUAUGCUGAUGGUCUCGCUGAGCGCCUGAGACAGACAAAGGAGAAGAUGAAGAAGCUGGACGAAGAAGACACCAGCAAGCACAUACCACAGGUGGAGGCGACUCGCGAGAAGAUCAUCGUGAAGCUACCUUCAAGGUUACCCGCAAUGGUUCUCAAGGAGGAAAAGGAGGAAGAGGCUAAGCCCAAGCCUAAGCCUAUGCCUAUGCCCAUGAUCAACGGUAUCGACCCAUUUGCGUCGCUUUUGGGUCUGGCGCGCAAGAAGUAA